AACAGUGAGCGCACCCGGCUGUCAACACUCAAGAGCCACAACGCGCGCACAAAACUCCUCACACUCACUGACAAACACGCCUGCGUCAUGCGUCCUGAGAGCGACGGCACGAACUCGGUAACUCCUAUGGAACCCAGUCAAAGGCACAGCAGCUGCAGCAGCUGCAGUUUGAGGGGCUGACUGUGUCCUGUCUGUCUGUUCAGCAGCGUGUCCCCACUGCUCUGGGAAAGUUGUAGUCGCAUUAUGGAUUUUAUAACAACUACCAGCAACGACAGCAACGUGACAAGUGGUUUCCCUCACGGGAAGGACGUGGUUGUUGACUGGGACGGGGGCGAGAAUGGGACGGGGUAUGGGUCUCUGCCUGGUCUGGAGCUGAAUUACCAGAUUAUCACUUCUCUGCUCUUGGGGUCCCUCAUCCUCUGCUCAAUAUUUGGCAAUGCGUGUGUCGUUGCAGCCAUCACCUUGGAAAGAUCUCUCCAGAAUGUGGCAAACUAUCUGAUCGGAUCCUUGGCCGUGACAGACCUCAUGGUAUCGGUUCUGGUUCUGCCAAUGGCGGCUCUCUAUCAGGUUUUGAACAAGUGGACUCUGGGACAAGAGAUUUGUGAUGUAUUCAUUUCUCUGGAUGUACUUUGCUGCACAUCAUCCAUCCUACAUCUGUGCGCAAUUGCCUUGGACAGGUACUGGGCCAUAACUGACCCCAUUGACUAUGUAAAUAAACGGACACCAAGGCGAGCUGCGAUCUUGAUUAGUGUGACUUGGUUAGUUGGUUUCUCCAUCUCUAUUCCGCCUAUGUUAGGCUGGAGAAGCGCCGAGGACCGGGCGAACCCCGAUGCCUGCAUCAUCAGCCAGGACCCGGGCUACACUAUCUACUCCACCUUUGGCGCGUUUUACAUUCCCCUCAUCCUCAUGUUGGUCCUAUACGGGCGAAUAUUCAAGGCGGCUCGGUUUCGGAUUCGAAAGACGGUGAAAAAAACGGAGACCAAAAAAGUGUCAGACAAGUGCUUGGCUAUCUCUCCGUCUAUCUUCCACAAGAAAACCAACGGCGAAGCCGGAGGGAAGGGCUGGAAGCGCAGUGACGAGUCAAAGACGAGUUCUCCGUGCGUAAACGGCGCAGUGAAGCAUGGUGAUGAGGGCGAGUCACUGGAAAUCAUUGAAGUUAUCGGGAACUCAAAGACGCAUCUUCCUCUGCCCAACACCCCACAGUCCUCGCAUGGCUACGAUUACAUGAGCGAAAAGAACUCGGGGGCGAAGAGGAAGAUCGCGCUGGCCAGAGAGCGCAAAACGGUGAAAACACUUGGGAUCAUCAUGGGAACUUUCAUCUUCUGCUGGCUGCCCUUUUUCAUCGUCGCGCUGGUGCUGCCUUUCUGUGCAGAGCGCUGCUAUAUGCCCGACUGGCUGGGCGCAGUCAUUAACUGGCUGGGCUACUCCAACUCUCUCCUCAACCCCAUCAUAUAUGCCUACUUCAACAAAGACUUCCAAAAUGCUUUCAAGAAGAUUAUAAAAUGCAAAUUCUGCAGGCAAUAACCACAUGCGGUGUUCACUGGCGUGUUGAGUAGUUAAAUGGACUUUAUGGAAGUGGGGGAAGAAGAAAAAAAUACUAUCCAGACUUUAAUUCAGGGACAGUCUC